AUAUCCACAGAUCCAAAAGAAGAUGUCGUCGAACCAAGAACUAAGCCACAAGGCCGGAGAAGCCACCGGUCAAGUUCAGCUGAAGAAGGAAGAGUACUUGAACAAAGUAUCACACGCAAUGGAUGAGAAUGCAGAUCAUCACUCACACUCACACGCAGAACAUGAUCAGAAUAAUCCUUCCCUAAUUUCUCAGGCCUCCAAUGUCAUCCAACAGACAGGAGGACAAGUGAAGAAUAUGGCACAAGGAGCAGCGGACGCUGUGAAGAAUACUCUUGGAAUGAGUCCGGCCACUAACAACCCUAGCAACCCGGCCGGCACGACCCACCCGAGCAACCCUAGCUCCAAAAAUCUUUAAAAGGAGUUGCUUAAGAAAACGUUGGCCUGAUCUUCUCAACAUAAACAAAAACUUAUUCUUUGUGUUUUGGUUGCUCUAUUUGUUCUCUGAAUUUUUUGUAUCUAUGUUAUUCUUCUCAACAUAGACAUUAUUACGUGUCUCACUCAUCAAGGGUUUUAUUUAUCUUAUGAUCGUAAAAUAAUAUCAUAUUUCUUUUUAA